AUGUCUUUCCGUGGAGGCUCUAGAGGCGGCGGCUUCAGCAGAGGAGGUGGCGGUGGCUUCCGAGGAGGUCGCGGCGGCUUCGCUCCCCAAGGUCCUCCCGACCAGGUCUACGAGAUGGGCACCUUCAUGCACGCUUCCGAGGGCGAGAUGGUCUGCACUUCGACCAACGUAAAGAUCCCUUACUUCAACGCUCCCAUCUACCUUGAGAACAAGACCGCUGUCGGCAAAGUCGACGAGAUCCUUGGCCCCAUCAACCAGGUCUACUUCACCAUCAAGCCCCAGGAGGGUAUCGUCGCUACUUCCUUCAAGAACGGCGACAAGUUCUACAUUGGCGGAGACAAGCUCCUCCCCCUUGAGAGAUUCCUGCCUAAGCCCAAGCCCGCCCCAGGCGCCUCUAAGGUAAAGAAGCCCGCUGGAAGAGGUGGUUUCGGCGCUGCACGUGGACGCGGCGGCUUUGCGCCUCGCGGUAGAGGUGGCUUUGGCGGCGAUCGUGGGCGUGGCGGCGCUAGAGGAGGAUUUGGCGGCCGUGGUGGUAGCUCAAGAGGUGGAUCGGGCUUCAGCAGAGGUGGAUCGGGCUUCUCUCGUGGUGGAUCGAGAGGGUCUUUCGGAGGUCGUGGGGGUCGUGGAGGCUACUAA